UUUUGUAUGCAAAUUGAGUGAACCUGGACAUUUUUAACGCUCUCGAAGCAAAUAAGGAGAGGAAUUGGCUUGGCUGUGCCUCAAACAGAGAAGAAGCUAUUCCUUUUGCGACCAACAUGUCCACCUCUGCUACACCUGAUAAUCAGGUCAACCCCAAUCCGCCUUUGCAGGUUGCAAAGCGUUUGGAGAAGUUCAAAACAACAAUAUUCACCCAAAUGAGUAAUCUAGCUGCUAAACAUGGAGCAAUAAACCUUGGUCAAGGAUUCCCCAACUUUGACGGUCCUGAUUUUGUGAAGGAAGCAGCCAUUCAAGCCAUCAAGGAUGGAAAGAAUCAAUAUGCUCGUGGCUGUGGAGUUCCAGACUUGAACUCGGCCAUAGCUGAGCGAUUCAAGAAAGAUACGGGUCUUGUGGCAGACCCCGAGAAAGAAAUUACUGUUACUUCUGGGUGCACUGAAGCUAUUGCUGCUACUAUGUGGGGCUUGAUAAAUCCUGGUGAUGAGGUUAUCCUUUUUGCACCUUUUUAUGAUUCUUAUGAAGCUACUUUAUCCAUGGCUGGUGCUAAAGUUAAGGGCAUCACAUUGCGCCCUCCGGAUUUCGCUGUACCUAUUGAGGAGCUCAAGUCCACAAUUUCGAAGAAUACUCGUGCAAUCCUUAUAAACACUCCACACAAUCCAACUGGAAAGAUGUUCACUCGGGAAGAACUCAGUACAAUUGCAUCUCUUUGCAUUGAAAAUGAUGUGUUGGUUUUUUCAGAUGAAGUUUAUGAUAAGUUGGCUUUUGAAAUGGAUCACAUUUCUAUGGCCUCUCUUCCAGGAAUGUAUGAGCGAACUGUGACAUUGAAUUCGUUAGGAAAGACAUUCUCGUUGACGGGUUGGAAGAUAGGGUGGGCAAUAGCUCCUCCACAUCUGACAUGGGGAGUGCGGCAGGCACAUACGUUUCUCACAUUUGCUACAUCCACUCCCAUGCAGUGGGCUGCUACCACUGCUCUUAGAGCUCCAGAUUCUUACUAUGAGGAGCUAAGGAGGGAUUACAAUGCAAAGAAGGCAAUUUUGGUUCAAGGGUUGGAGGCUGUUGGAUUCAAGGUCUAUCCAUCAAGUGGUACUUACUUUGUGGUUGUAGAUCACACCCCUUUCGGAUUGGCCAACGAUGACAUUCAGUUUUGUGAGUAUUUAAUCAAAGAAGUUGGGGUGGUGGCCAUUCCGACGAGCGUGUUUUACUUGAACCCAGAAGAAGGAAAGAACUUAGUCAGAUUUACCUUCUGCAAAGACGAGGCAACUCUUAGAGCUGCCGUAGAAAGAAUGAAGGAGAAGCUCUUGAGAAGUAAGUAACUUGUUAAUGUUUUGAUUUUCUUGUUUAUUUAUUUUUCUCAAAAUAAUCGAGCUCGGUUGUGGUCUUGGUGGGUGAUGAAAAUAUUUAUAGCAUUGCACCAUAUGGUAUAAUGAUUAGACUAUUUGAUAUUGAGUUUCACACAAGUGCGUGCAAUUUAAAUAUGUGAGAUUCGAUAUUAAAUCAGUGUUGACACAAGAUAUAAAUGUUCCAAAUUAUUUCAAAGAUGUAUGUUGCUGUUAGAGUUGAGUAAGGUAAUAAAUAUCACACACCAUGCUUUUUUUUUUUUGAAAGAUCACACAAUGUUAUUUUCAUCAAUAGAAAUUUUAUGAACAUAUUGGCUAUCAAGUUUGUCAGGUU